GCUAAUGAAGAGGCAAAAUUGAUUCAUAAUCAUGUACUUGAAAUGUGGUUUAAUGUCUGAUGCUCAUGAAUUGUUUGGAAAAAUACCUGCUCGAAAUCUGACUACUUGGGACACCAUGAUAGUUGGUCUGGCAGAAAAUGGAUACGGAGAAGACGCAAUCCACGUGUUCACUGAAUUCAAGGAGGCAGGAGGAAGACCCAAUGGCCAAAUGUUUCUUGGGGUUAUUUAUGCUUGUAGUACCCUUUUUGACGUUAAUGAAGGAUUGUUGCACUUUGAGUCGAUGAGUAAGGCUUUUGGUACUGCACCCUCCAUGGAUCAUUAUGUGGGUGUUGCGAAAAUGUUGGCAAGUUCAGGACACUUGGAUGAGGCUUUUGAGUUCAUUGAAGAUAUGCCAGUUGAACCAAGUAUUGAUGUUUGGGAAACUUUGAUGAAUCUUUGCAGAAUUCAUGGGAAUUUGGAAACUGGGGACCUUUGUGCUAAUAUCGUUGCUCUCUUAGACCCCUCACGGCUAAAUGUUGAAUCAAAGGCUGGUUUUGUGCCAGUAAACCCCUCUGAUAUGCAAAAUAAGGUUUCAGGUCAGACACCAUUAAGAUUACAAAAUAGGAUUCAACAGUUUAAGGCAGGGGAUACAUCCCACUCCGAUAGUGACAAAGUUUAUGCCCAUCUGAAGACGCUGAGUGCACAUAUGAAAGAGUCUGGUUAUAUACCUGUGCUUAGAUACGCAAUGCAUGAUGUUGAUGAUGAAAGUAAAAUUGCUUGUGUUUACUUCUCGCACACAGUGAAAUACUGGCUUGUGUUUCUGAUAUCUUAAGUAGCCCUGCUCGCAGCCAAGUGCGAAUACUCAUGAAUGUUAGAAUGUGUAUGGAUUGCCAUAAUGCAUUGAAGAUUAUCUCUAAAAUUGCUGGAAGGCGAAUCAGCGCUCGCGCAUGCAAGUGGUUUCACCAAAUCGAAGGAGGGGUGUGUUCCUGCAACGACUUCUUCUAAAGCGGCAGUAAGGGUUUUGAAGGUAUUACAUCCUAGUUAUAAUUCCUUCUUAUAGCUAACUUAAUAUAAUCGCAGGUGCAUAUUUUGGCUAUGCAAUAAUUUAGCGCUCUUACCUAUCAUUACAAGAGAGUGGAAUUAUGAAAUUGCAAUAUUAGGUUGAUAGUUGUUAAAUUAAUAGCAUAGCUCAAUUCAUUAUAGUUUGCUAAGUUUCCAGAAAAUUGUACAGUAUGACCUGUGGCUGGCUGGAACCUGCGCCCGGAUAUCUUAAAAUACUGUUUUGCUUCUGCA